UGUGCAUCGAAGGAAGACUCUGCUUGGAAACUUCCAGUGAUCGGGUCCCACGAAUCUGCCAAUCGCCUGCGGCUUCGAUUCUCGUCCCCCACGCCAAACACAAACCACAUCGCAUAGUGAUCAUGGCGGACCCAUGUCGGAUCGUGGUUAUGGCCAGCGGAAAUGGGUCCAAUUUCCAAGCGCUGAUCGAUGCUGUUGCCUCCGGCCGGAUUCCCAACUCUAAGAUUAUGCGCCUCAUUGUCAACCGGGGGAGAGCUUACGCGACAACACGGGCGGACAUAGCUGGCAUCCCCUGGGAGUACUUCAACCUGAUUUCGCACGGGUUCCAGGCGAAGGGCGAGAGAGACGCGCUAAAGGUGCAAGAAGCCCGGGACAGGUACGACGCGGCGCUGGCCGAGAAGCUCCUGCAGGGUGACUUGAGGCCCGACCUCGUGGUUCUUGCCGGGUGGAUGUAUGUCUUUGGCAAGCACUUCCUCGACCCGAUUGAUGUGGCUGGCAUCAAGAUUAUCAACCUGCACCCCGCAUUGCCAGGAAAAUACGACGGUGCUGGUGCGAUCGAGCGUGCGUUUGAGGAUUUCAAAGCCGGCAAGCUCGAGAACAACAGGACAGGAAUCAUGGUUCACUAUGUCAUUGACAAGGUCGACCGGGGUGAGCCGAUUCUGAUCAAGGAGAUCGAAUGCCGCGAGGGCGAGGAUUUGCACCAGCUCGAGGAGAGAAUACAUUCUUACGAGCAUGAGCUGAUUGUCGAGGCCACCGGCAAGGUGGCCAAGGAGAUCCUUGACCGGAAGCGCCAGGUUCAGUAGAUACUUCUUUCUUUGGUAUUGACAAAUGGCCUCGGGCUUGAAUUCGUGUCACCAGUCGGCGCAUUGGCGAGCAAUUGGAAGAUGGUUCCUGGCUUGAAGAUCGAUAAAUCCAAGACUCGCGGGCCGCACGGUACACAUUGAAGAGUUGGCACACAAGCAACUUGGGCAUAUUUUUGAGGCGCUUAAUGUUCAGCCAGAAAUCUUAAAGUCUUUGUCAAUGUGCUGUCGAGAGUUUUGGCGGUGGAAUCGCUCAUGCUCACUCCACUCACCAGCAUGUUGCCUGGAUGCACGGGCCGCAUGGGCU